AUGAAUAACUCUACAGUGAACUUCAUCACACCUGAAACAUCUACAAACUCCACAACUCAUUCCUUUGGGCUACUGAACUUUGUUGAAACUUGUAUACUCGGAAUAAAUGUCCUGUUCGGUGUUCCUACAAACUUCUAUGUUAUAUGGCUCAUCAUCACAGGAAGUGGAGUUGCAUCAGAGUUCUUCAACCUCAAUCUCACCGUUUGUGAGAUUGUUAACUCUCUGAAUUGUUUGAUUGCUAUACUAACAUGUUACUUUUCAAGUCUCUCAUUUUUACCAAUGUUUCUAGAAGGACUAACUCUCACUAGCCGUCCUCUGUUUCAGUGUCUGAUCAGUGUUGAGCGUUACCUGGCAGUGGUUCAUCCUGUAACCUUUCUGAAGUACAAACCUCUCAGAUAUAGAGUGAUCUGCUGCACUGCGGCCUGGAUAAUUAUUCUUGGAUCCUGUUUCUAUUGUUUAUUUAUGUUAAUCUCACAAAACAUUAAUGUACACAUAUGGUUCUUCUCAACACAGUUCCUUCUCUUCCUCUCCAUCCAGUUGUUUUUCCUUGUCACUGUUCUCAGAGCUCUGAAGCAGUCAGGACCAGGAGAGAGAGGGAGAAAGAGAGAGGAGGAAAACCAUAUGAAGAGAAGAGCGUUCCAUCUCAUUCUAAUAACUACUGUGACCAUGACAUUUACAUAUGUCCCUUAUACUAUGACAGGAUUCUGUAUCAUUAUAACUCAACAGAAUCAUGACGCAUAUUGGCUCCCUGGUUUGGUAUGUUAUGUGUUGGCUGGUUUUGUUCAGCCUGUUCUUUAUCUUCAACGGACUGGAAAACUCUCCAGCCUCUGUUCCUUAUAAGAUCUGUAAUUGAGAUAUUUUACUAGUUACUUUAUAUACUUAAUGUCUUUGUCAAUAAUUAAUUAAUGAUUUGUUAAAUUUAAUGUUAAAUUCAGUUAUUUAUUUAUUUUUGGUCAUUAAAUGCCAUCAAUACAUUCUUUAUGGAACGAACAUUUGUACAACAGAUAACAGGUUACAAUAAAACAUUUACAUUUAAAGGUUUUCAAAUUUGCAAUACAUUCCAGCAUGUAAUCCACAUUUGCAAUUCCAAAUAACAGAAACGUUGCAAUUUUAAAUGGCUUGAGAAUAUUACAUUAUUGUGUUGAUUCAAACAAUACCAUGGCUUACAUUCACAGCCUUUUUUGUUGAAGGCAAGAAUGUAAUCAAAAGUUCAUCACCUGAAGAGUGAAUGUCCAGUCUCUCUGUGCUG